UACUAGCUAUAGUUUCUCAAAACACAGUGUAUACAUCUUAAAACCAUUCUUUUUCAUUUUCUGCACCUCCCUUUUUUACUAACACACCCCUCCAAGCUCCACGUUAAACGGAGUUCAGUUCUGAACAGUUCUCAUAAACAAAGAAUGCACCCGCCACCGACCACUCGCCGCAGCUCCGGCAAAAAUGCCAACGUCAUCAAACCCGAUUGGAUCACCGAGGCAGUAAAUGGCGGUUCUCUACGCCACGUCGACCUUAACACCGGAACUAACGGCUGGUCCUCACCGCCAGGAAACCUCUUCUCUCUUCGCUCUAACAACUACUUCACAAAACGACAAAAAACUCCCGCCGGCGAGUAUCUCCUCUUACCGGCCGGAAUGGACUGGCUUAAAUCCACCACAAAACUCGACAACGUACUCGCACGUGCCGAUAACCGUAUAUCACACGUGUUAAGAAAAUCACAAGCUCAAAACAAAUCGCGUAAGAGUUUCAUCUUCGCUGUAAACCUUCAGAUUCCCGGCGGAAAAGGAGCAUCACAUCAUAGCGCAGUAUUCUACUUCGCAACAAACGAACCGAUUCAAACCGGUUCACUUCUUUACCGAUUCAUAAACGGCGAUGAUUCGUUCAGAAAUCAACGGUUUAAAUUAGUGAACCGGAUCGUGAAAGGACCGUGGAUCGUGAAAAAAGCGGUUGGAAAUCACAGUGCGUGUUUGUUAGGGAAAGCUUUAACGUGCAAUUAUUAUAGAGGAUCGAAUUAUUUUGAAAUUGAUGUUGAUAUUGGAAGCAGUGCAAUCGCAAACGCGAUUCUUCACCUUGCUUUGAGUUUUGUGAAUUCUGUUACGAUUGAUAUGGGGUUUGUUGUUGAAGCGGCGAUGGAGGAGGAGUUGCCGGAGCGUUUGAUCGGUGCUGUUAGGGUUUGUCAAAUGGAGAUGUCGUCGGCAACGGUCGUAGAUUCGCUGCAUGCGCCGGUGUCGAUGCCUUGUGGAAUUGGCUUGGCUAAGGUUAAUCACCACAAGUCAGAGGAGGACGUCGAAUUCAAUUAGUUGUUAAUAUUAGUAUUUUAUUUAAAUUUUUGUUUCACAUUUCUUAAAUAUGAUUGGAUAUGGUUAUUAUUGAGCUGAAAAAUCUCCUUCAAGAAUGAUUUACUUACUGUUUUUCA